GAUGUCUACUCGCGCCGCGGUGCCUGCUGCUCACUCUCGGGAGGAGCCACCCGCGGUGGCUGCUGAGGAGUCGCUGUUGGUAACGGCGAGUCGGCAGGCCGAGCGGCUGUCCCCGCCCGAACGGGAGGGCAAGGAGGCGGCGAGUGAAGAGAGGGCCGCGACAGCCAUCAUCGCGGGUGCUCGAGGGGAGCCGUCGCCGGCUCUGGUGCUAGGGCACAGCGUGCCCCAGGCGGCGGUGCCCGUGAGACCCCUGGCGCUGCACCUGGCGCACAAGGCGCGCGGGCCCGGGGGUCCCUUUGGCGGGGAACCCCCGCCACCCCUGCCGAGGGACCCGCCGGCCGAGGACGCCCUGGUGGAUGAGGCGGCGACUGGCCCCGAGGAAAAGCUGCAGCCGCCGCCGCCUAAGGAGAACCCCUGGACCAAAAAGCCUCUCCAGCACCUGUCCCCUGCUGGGACGGGACCGACACCUUCCCCACUGGAAACCCUCGAGGCAGAGCUCAGUUCCCCCAAAAUUAUAAAAGCAGGAAAACUCAAGACAAAGAAAUCCAACAAGGCUAGUGAUUUCAGCGAUAUGGCGAAUUGGCCAACACCAAGUGAAUUAGUGAACACUGGAUGCCAGAGUGUCAUCAGCCAAGGAAAUAAGAAGCCACAAAAUAGAAAAGAAAGAGAAGACAAGGUUGAAAAGAGAAUUAGCAGUGAGAGCAAAGAAAGCCGGGAAACAAAAUUAGAUGGUCCUGGUGAAAAUGCCAGUGAGGAUGAGACUCAGUCAAGUAAUCAACGAAAGAGAGCCAAUAAGCACAAGUGGGUACCACUCCACUUAGAUGAUGUAAGACCAGACAGUCAAGAAAGACCAGGAUCCCGGAACAGUUCAAGAUGUCAACCUGAAGCAAAUAAAUCAUCACAUAAUAAUAGGAGAAAUGAUACCCGAAGUUGGAGGCGUGAUAGAGAAAAGAGAGACGAUCAAGAUGAAGUUUCCAGUGUGAGAAGUGAGGGUGGUAAUAUCCGAGGUUCCUUUAGAGGUCGAGGAAGAGGCCGAGGACGGGGAAGAGGACGAGGCAGAGGAAAUCCUCGAUUGAACUUCGAUUAUUCAUAUGGUUAUCGAGAACAUGGUGAAAGGACUGAUCAGCCAUUUCAAACAGAACUUAAUACCAGUAUGAUGUAUUACUACGAUGAUGGUACAGGUGUACAGGUGUAUCCUGUGGAAGAAGCAUUGCUUAAAGAAUAUAUUAAACGCCAAAUCGAAUAUUACUUCAGUAUAGAAAAUUUAGAACGGGACUUCUUUCUUAGGAGAAAGAUGGACGAACAAGGUUUCUUGCCUAUUUCCCUGAUUGCUGGUUUCCACCGUGUUCAGGCUCUCACUACAAACCUUAAUCUCAUUUUAGAGGCACUGAAAGAUAGCACAGAAGUGGAAAUUGUGGAUGAGAAAAUGAGAAAAAAGAUAGAACCGGAAAAAUGGCCGAUUCCGGGCCCUCCUCCACGAAGUGUGCCACAGACAGACUUCUCUCAACUGAUUGAUUGCCCAGAGUUUGUACCAGGCCAAGCCUUUUGUUCGCAUACAGAGUCUGCCCCAAAUUCUCCAAGAAUUGGAAAUCCACUGAACCCAAAGAAAAAUACUGAAACAAAUAAUCUUCAAGCAAUGUCUAGAGGUUUGUCUACCAGUUUGCCUGACUUGGAUUCAGAACCUUGGAUAGAAGUUAAAAAGAGACAUCGUCCAUCUCCAGUGAAAUUGAAGGAAUCAUCAUCUCUACCUGGAGAGGCAUCAAAUCAGCUAUAUCCUUCAGAUGAACAAGAGCAAGAAGAACUUGAUUUUUUAUUUGAUGAAGAGAUAGAACAAAUAGAAGGGCGAAAAAACACAUUUACUGAUUGGUCUGAUAAUGAUUCAGAUUAUGAAAUUGAUGACCAGGAUUUAAACAAGAUUUUGAUUGUAACUCAGACACCACCUUACAUGAGAAAACAUCCUGGAGGAGAUCGAACUGGCAACCACAUGUCGCGGGCAAAAAUUACAUCUGAACUUGCUAAAGUAAUUAAUGAUGGCUUAUAUUACUAUGAACAGGAUCUAUGGAUAGAGGAAGAUGAAAACAAACACACAGCCAUAAAGCAAGAAGUUGAGAACUUUAAGAAGCUAAAUCUCAUUAGUAAAGAGCAGUUCGAAAACCUAACACCUGAACUUCCUUUUGAGCCAAACCAAGAAGCUUGGGUAGCACCUUCACAGUCCAGGCAAGGUUUAAGUGAUGAAUUAGCCCCGAAGCUAUUUGAUGUUUCAGAAAUAUCUUCAGCAACAAUGGCCCGUUCAUUGCCCACAGCAGUUCCAGAUUCUCCUAGAAUUUAUCCUGCAAGAACACCUAAAACACCUCGAACACCUAGGUUACAAGAUCCAAAUAAAACACCAAGAUUUUAUCCUGUUGUUAAAGAACCAAAAGCUAUUGAUGUAAAGAGUCCAAGAAAGAGAAAAACAAGACAUAGUACAAAUCCCCCUCUAGAGUGUCAUGUUGGUUGGGUAAUGGAUUCCAGAGAUCAUGGGCCAAGAACAUCUUCUGUCAGCAGUUCAAAUGCUUCACCUUCAGAAGGUGCACCACUAGUAGGAAGUUAUGGAUGUACUCCUCAAUCAUUCCCAAAGUUCCAGCACCCUUCUCAUGAACUUUUGAAGGAAAAUGGCUUUACCCAACAAGUGUACCACAAGUAUCGUCGAAGAUGUCUAAGUGAGAGAAAACGCUUGGGAAUUGGCCAGUCCCAAGAAAUGAAUACCCUCUUUCGUUUCUGGUCCUUUUUCCUCAGAGAUCACUUCAAUAAAAAAAUGUAUGAGGAAUUUAGACAACUUGCUUGGGAAGAUGCAAAAGAAAAUUACAGGUAUGGAUUAGAGUGUCUGUUCAGGUUUUAUAGUUAUGGACUGGAAAAAAAAUUCAGACAAGAAAUUUUUAAGGAUUUCCAAGAAGAAACCAAAAAAGACUACGAAUCUGGUCAGCUAUAUGGAUUGGAAAAGUUUUGGGCUUAUCUAAAAUAUUCUCAAUCUAAGACACAGUCUAUUGACCCAAAACUUCAGGAAUACCUCUGUAGCUUUAAGAGGUUAGAAGACUUCCGCAUUGAUCCCCCUAUUAGUGAGGAAUUUGGAAGAAAAAGACGUUCAUCUACUUCUGGUGAGGACAGUAGUCGUCAUAGACUUCCAUCUAAUUCCUCUACAAAGCCACCAAGUGCUGCUAAGCCUACAUCUGCUAAUCAGCUUCAAGUCCCAAUAAGCUGUCCCAGAAGGAAUACUUCACAGGAGUCCAGUGACAAUUCACACCGGAACAGUGCUGCCUCAGUCUCAACAGAUGGUGAAAUGCUUGAGAAAUAGACUCUUAUGAAAGUUGUUUGCCCUUGAAAUCGACAUUUACAUCAGCAUUUAUUUGGGAAAAAUCUUCUGAUGUUUAAUUGUGAUAAUCACAAAAAA